CGCGAUCGCGCUGCUGCCGUCGGGGACGGGGCGGGGCUGGCGGCGGGGGCGGGGACCCGGAGCGGGAAGAUGGCGGCGGCGCAGGAGGCGGACGGGGCCGGCAGCGCCGUGGUGGCGGCCGGGGGAGGCGGCUCCGGUCAGGUGACCAGCAAUGGCAGCGUCGGGAGGGACCCGCCAGCAGAGACCCAGCCCCAGAACCCACCACCCCAGCCAGCACCCAACGCCUGGCAGGUCAUCAAAGGCGUGCUGUUCAGGAUCUUCGUCAUCUGGGCCAUCAGUAGCUGGUUUCGCCGAGGGCCGGCCCCUCAGGACCAGGCGGGCCCCGGGGGAGCCCCACGCGUCGCCAGCCGCAACCUGUUCCCCAAAGACACUUUAAUGAACCUGCACGUGUACGUCUCUGAGCACGAGCACUUUACCGACUUCAAUGCCACCUCCGCACUGUUCUGGGAGCAACACGACCUGGUGUAUGGCGACUGGACCAGCGGAGAGAACUCGGACGGCUGCUAUGAGCACUUUGCCGAGCUCGACAUUCCGCAGAGCGUCCAGCAGAACGGCUCUAUGUACAUCCACGUCUACUUCACCAAGAGUGGCUUCCACCCUGACCCCCGGCAGAAGGCCCUGUACCGCCGGCUGGCCACCGUCCACAUGUCCCGGAUGAUCAACAAAUACAAGCGCCGGCGAUUCCAGAAAACCAAGAACCUGCUGACAGGAGAGACGGAAGCAGACCCUGAAAUGAUCAAGAGGGCCGAGGACUACGGCCCCGUGGAAGUGAUCUCACACUGGCACCCCAACAUCACCAUCAACAUCGUGGACGACCACACACCCUGGGUGAAGGGCAGCGUGCCACCGCCCCUGGACCAGUAUGUGAAGUUCGAUGCGGUGAGCGGUGACUACUACCCAAUCAUCUACUUCAACGACUACUGGAACCUGCAGAAGGACUACUACCCCAUCAACGAGAGCCUGGCCAGCCUGCCCCUGCGCGUCUCCUUUUGCCCACUUUCACUCUGGCGCUGGCAGCUCUACGCCGCCCAGAGCACCAAGUCACCCUGGAACUUCCUGGGCGACGAGCUGUACGAGCAGUCGGACGAGGAGCAGGACUCGGUGAAGGUGGCACUCCUGGAGACCAACCCCUACCUGCUGGCGCUCACCAUCAUCGUGUCCAUCGUCCACAGUGUCUUUGAGUUCCUGGCCUUCAAGAAUGACAUCCAGUUCUGGAACAGCCGGCAGUCCCUGGAGGGUCUGUCCGUGCGCUCCGUGGUCUUCGGCGUCUUCCAGUCCUUCGUGGUCCUGCUCUAUAUCCUGGACAACGAGACCAACUUUGUGGUCCAGGUCAGCGUCUUCAUUGGGGUCCUCAUCGACCUCUGGAAGAUCACCAAGGUCAUGGACGUCCGGCUGGACCGGGAGCACAAGGUGGCGGGACUCUUCCCCCGCCCGACCUUCAAGGACAAGUCCACGUACAUCGAGUCGUCCACCAAAGUGUAUGAUGAUAUGGCGUUCCGGUACCUGUCCUGGAUCCUCUUCCCUCUGCUGGGCUGCUAUGCUGUCUACAGCCUCCUAUACCUGGAGCACAAGGGCUGGUACUCCUGGGUGCUCAGCAUGCUCUACGGCUUCCUGCUGACCUUCGGCUUCAUCACCAUGACACCCCAGCUCUUCAUCAACUACAAGCUCAAGUCCGUGGCCCACUUGCCCUGGCGCAUGCUCACCUACAAGGCCCUCAACACCUUCAUCGACGACCUGUUCGCCUUCGUCAUCAAGAUGCCCGUCAUGUACCGGAUCGGCUGCCUGCGGGACGACGUGGUCUUCUUCAUCUACCUCUACCAACGGUGGAUCUACCGCGUCGACCCCACACGGGUGAACGAGUUCGGUAUGAGCGGGGAGGCCCCUGCCGCUGCCCCCACCACAUCCGAGGCGCUCCCACCCCAGCCCACCCCCGAUGCCACCACCGCUGCCACUGGGGAGGAUGCCCCCGCCGCCACCAAAUCCCAGGACGCCCCUCCAAAGCCAGCAGAGGACAAGAAAAGGGAUUAGCCGGCCUGGGCCUCACGCUGUAGUGUCGCUCAGCCUGCCCUCUCCUGGCCGCCCUUCCCUGGACAGAUGGCCGGGGUGGCAGGAGCCCCCUGGGCCAGGGCCAAGCACAGGGUGGGGCAGUCUGGGGCAACCGGGCCCCUCGUUCCUGGAGGCAUUGUCUGUCUGUCCGUUCCUCUGUUUCCAACCACCGGGCCGCCAGCCCCGCACCGUUGGGAAUCAUGGUGAAGCCUGCGUGGCCUGGGGGUGGACCGUCUGGCGGGGGAGGCCCCAGUGGCUGCUGCCUGGCCAUCCAUCAUCUUGUCCCUCAUCCCCGACCACCCCCCUCCUCCCAGACCACCGCCGCCCUUUAACAGUCUGGAUUUAAUAAAUUCCUCUGGGUGUUUAACUUAA